AACGUCUAUCAAGGAGCUCAAUACCAGCCUAAGCAAACAAGUCUAUCCUAAGGGAAUCUAUCAGGUGGAGCAGCCCUUCACUUUCCCUCAAGCUGUUGCACCGGCUCAACAAGAAGAGAAGUUAGAUGUGGUCUUCAAAAGAUACAUGGAGGAGCAAAGGCAAACCACCCAGAGCCUCUAUGAGAAGCUAGAUCGUGUUUCACUGAUCUUUGCAGCAAGUUUGGAUCUCUCUCCUCUCAUGAAGACCAGCUCGUACCUAUACCUACCAUCUCAAGAAGGAGAAGAAGAAGCUGAGCCUAAGGAGAGCCAAAAACCGGAGAGGUUUCCAUGGGAGUCAAAGAGAGCAUACAAGAGAAGGCUUGUGAACAAGCCAUUGCCAAAGCUAGAAGAUCCGGGGAAGUUUGUGAUUCCUGUUUCUAUCAAUGGGUGUGAAAUCAAUGACUGCCUAUGUGACACUGGAGCUGUUGUGAAUCUCAUGUCUUAUGCAUUAGCAAGAGAUUUGGGAUUCAAAUAUUUUAAAGAUCCUGAGGCAAAGAUGGAGUUCGCGGAGCUAUCAUGUGUGGAGCCCUAUGGAGUUUUAGAGAAUGUUAUGCUGGAGAUAGGAGGUCGCCUAGUCCCUACUGAUUUCCAAAUCAUGGUAUGGGAAGGAUCCAAGAGGAACCAGCUGCUACUUGGAGCCCCAUUCUUAGCCACAGCCGGUGCAGUCAUAGACUUCAUGAGAAACCGCAUGUCACUAGGAAAUAUCCAACAAGAUGUUUUCUAUCAAAGCAUCGACUUCAAGACUGCACCAAGAGCGAUCAAGCUGCCACCAGAGAAGACUUCUAACACGCCACAGAAAGGAGCCAUGAUGCCUAAAGAUCCCAAGAAGAGUGAGCCCUAUCCAAAACCGAAGGUGGUCAUGAAACCAUCAAUGCUGAAACAUAAAGAUGUCUUCAAAGAUAUCAACUCGGGUUGGGUCCCAAAAGAAGAUCAUACCGCAAAGGAGAAGCUGAGGAACACCUUAAGGCUCUUCCCAAGUGCAUUUGUCUUCAAAGGUGGCAUAGGAGAUGAUCUUGGCGUGCCCAAACCACCACAAGUGAGCCCCCUGAACCAGAGAAUGGAGAAGCUAAAGGGAUCCUUUGCCCUUCAGCCACUCUUCACCACGAUUAAAGAAAGAAAAGGAGUCAAGCUAAAUGACUUAAAACAAAAGCGCUUUAUGGGAGGCAACCCAUAUGGUUUUUAA